AUGAGCGCCCGCAUGCAGAUGCCAUUGUCGCAGCGGCGGCACACCAACAUCGCCGUUGUGCGCUACACAAAGAAUGGGGUCAAACUGGAGAUAGCCUGCUACAAGAACAAAGUCAUAUCAUACCGUAGUGGGGUCGAGACACGACUGGACGAAGUUCUGCAGGUGGAACGCGUCUUCACGAAUGUCUCACGUGGUUUGUAUGCCUCGGAGAAGGAAAUUCAGACAGUGUUUGAUAAGAGGACGAGUGAGGUCGAGGCUCUGCGUUUCAUUCUUGAUCACGGCGAGUUGCAGGUUGCGCAGCAUGAGCGAACAGCAGAGAUUGAUCAGAUGUUUAUUGAUAUCGCACUCAUGAUAUCACAGAAAUGUGUAAAUGAGGUCACGCAGCGUCCUUUCCCACCUCCAGUCAUUGAGCAAGCGCUGCGAUCGAUUGGUGCUGCGGUUAAACUGGAUCAGCCUGUGAAGAAGCAGGCACUUGCACUCAUUCAUCAACUCAUAGACGCGCAAAUUAUUCCCAUUUCACGUGCCCGGAUGAAGUUGCGCUGCAUCGCCCCCGAUGAGCCCUCGCUGGUGAAGCUUGUUGAGUGGUGUGAGUCCAACGGAGCUUCCAUUUUGAACAGGGCUGUCGACGCUGGCGAGACAGAGGCGUCUACGCAGAAGCACUCGCUCUUGAUUCUCCUACCACCCCAUUUGUUCCGCGAUGUUGAAAAUUUUGUGAAGAAGGAUCUUCCACCUGGUGGGACGGUGCACAUGGUCGACAGUGCCGCCGUAGACGUGGGUGGCGGCGAUGUUAUGGACGCGGAGUUGAUUGCGCGUGCCAACGCCCUCGUCAGUGGCGGGGUCGGCGCCGCGAACAACGGUGGCCCGAGCCAAUGCACUGGCAGCAGCGACCCACGCCGCGACGACAGCGAGCGGAGCGGGAAUAAAGGAAAAAGGGGAGGCAAGAAGAGAGCGUGUCCACAAGGCGCAUCUCGCAAAGAUGACUGCGACGAGCAGCGCACCUCCGUCACCGCCGACUUGUCCUCCACCCACGCGGUGGAGGAGGAAGAGGAGGAGAACGGUGGCGAGUUAAAGGCAGCCCUCAGCAAGCUGGGCCUCGAUGAGACGUGUGCGUCAGAUGGCGAUGACGCUGACGGAAAGGGGAAACGUGGUAAGAAGAAGCCAAAGCGGCGCCAUGCUGGCGGUGGUGGACAGCAGCAACCUACCACUGCAAAGAAGGAGGCGAAGAGUGAGGUCCCCGAAGACAGCGACGAUGAGGUGCUCGUGAACCGCAAGCAGCGCAAACACGCGGCAGCCAAGGCCAAUGGGGGCGACAAGCACCGUGAUUGGGAUGAUGAAGACGAAUACAACUAUGACUACGCGGAGGAGUGGGAAGAGGAGGAGGGGGGGGAGAGGGAGAGGAACGCAGCUGGUACUCACUAA